ACCGCACAUAAUUUUGUGCCUCUCCACUGGAACUCCACUCCAUCCUGACACAAAUUUUUUUUGGGCAGUCAGCCAGCCAGUUAGGCUCAUCAGAAGUCAGACGGCCAGUCAGACUACCAACCGCGAACGUCCAAAUCUAAACACUACACAAUAGAUCAUGCCAUUACCUGCACUAACAAGCAAAAGAACAGAGAAUUCCGAACUGUCGCAUAGACAAGCGACGGAAUCAACACCAUUAUCAAAGUUGUCCUUCAAAGCAUCACCAUGGCAACCAGGCAAUACCGCUGCACAAACCGCACCUUCUCCAGUAACGCAGAACAAGCCAUCACCUGUGUUUGAUCCUUUUAAGUUUGAUUUUCAAUAUAUAGCACCGGAAGGCGUUGUGCAAACGGAUGAGGCACUGACGGAAAAUGAACAGCUGGCGUCGAUUGUUGAGUCCCUGCAUGACACAAAGCUUAGCAAUACCUGGGCACCUCCAUCAAGUCAAAUGCUAACACCGUCUCUAACCGCAUGGGAACCUCGAUCUUCACCAUCGCAUGAGUUUGAGGAUGCAAGCGAGUUUGACCCAACUCUACAAUACCAUAACGGGCAAUUAUUGGACGUAGCCACCAUUGAAGAUAUUUCUCGAAUUUCUUCACUAGAACCGUCGAUGGAAGAACAGACACGUGAAGGCGUGGAUACCGAUAUGGGCCCUGAACAAUUAUUACGAGCUAUCUUUACCGAUCUGCAAGAGUCUGAGGUUCAACAAGCUUUUGAAGCAAAUCAUUAUGACAUUGAUGCGACAAUGGAGUGGCUGCUCCAACGACACCAACAUGGUAAAAAUACUCCACCUCCAGUACUAAGUCCGUCACCGCCAAAACCAAUACUACCUACUGUGUUCCCAUAUCAACCACAUCACAAAAGACAAGUCUGUCGACACUUUUUGGCUGGGGAGUGCUAUCGAAAGGAUUGUUGGUACUCGCAUGAACUGGAAGCUAAAGUGUGUAAAUUCUGGUUGCAAGGUUCAUGUCUCAAAGGGGAAGAUUGUGAAUUUAAUCAUCAUAUUGAUGUUGAAACAGCGACUGCCAAAUUUGCUCAGGAUACCCGAAAAAAGCAACAAGACAUGGUUGUCAUCAAUGACGAAGAGUAUCCAGAUUUGAAUUCAGCACAGAGUCGUAAAAGAAACAACAAUCAACACCCCCCAACUUCAACCACCAUAACAAUCAGUGACGACCAUGACUCAUUUCCAUCAUUGGGAAGUCAGACAAAGCGAUCGACCAAACCCAUCAUUAACUUUGCUACUGUGGCCAAGAAGAAAGCCUCACAACCUGUUAAACCCAAGCCUUAUUCCAAUUCAACAGCGGCGGCUGGUAUACUAAAGACACAAAAGGUCACUGGUGGUCCAUUAACAAAACCAGUGGAUUUACCAUGGCUACAAACGGGAAGUCAAGUUCAUCAUCUUUACAUGGAGAAGCGUCAAGAGGCUAUUCAAUGUGGUUUGCUGCGAAAUCGGUUGUUUGCCAGAGCAUCUUCUUACUAUCUCAAGGGUGAUGGCGCCAAGGCUCGAGCUUAUAGUAAUGAAGCCAGACGACUCAACAAUGACAUGCGUGAACUCCAUCGCAUUGCAUCACAACAAAUCUUUGAGCAGAGGAAUCAGAACGAAGCUUAUCUUGACCUUCACGGUUUACACGUGGAAGAAGCGCUAUCAUUACUAGAACAACGGCUUGAUACCCUCCACCAUGGCGUCCUCUAUGUGGUUACUGGCACAGGGCAUCAUAGCACUGGAAGAACGGGUCAACUCCAACCAGCCGUUCGCCAAUGGCUCGAUCAACACCAACCUUACCCAUGGGCAGAAACGCAUAUACGAGGUGAUUCACGAGGCGGUGUGUUUGCCAUUGGAAUUGAUCUGCAAUCUCUCUAGUCCGAGUAUAGUAGGUCUCGAGUUAAAUCAAUGCCGCACUGGUCCCCCCAUGACGCACAUAAGCUGGGCUUGAAACCCUGUCCUUUUUUAUUUGAUUCGGCGCUCUAAUCUUGAAUUUUGGGGGGGAGAGGAGAGGGCAUUGGAGGGAAAGGGGAGUGUGAGCAGGAGAAGAGGA